AUGAAAAUGAAGGCGCGUUCUGCAACAGCACGAGAUACUUUACAAUGUCACAAUUGCUGCAUUAUGCCUGAUAAAAGCGUGGUACUAGUUUCCAUCAGCGGUUGCUCGUCCUCUGGGAAGACAUCCUUGGCAGAGCUGGCGGCCGAAGUCCUCGGAGCCGCUUUAGUAUACCAAGAUGACUUUUACAAGGUAGACGAUCAAAUCCCAUACGACGACCAAUUCCAAGUGUUAAACUGGGAAAUACCAGAGGCUCUACAGAUGGAUGCUUUCCAAUCCGAACUACAGUCCAUUAAGGCGACAGGAUCGCCAACGAUAAGACUAAUGCAUAACAAGAACGUUGAUGAUAUCUCCAAAUUCGGGCUACCCGACGAAUAUAUAGGCGAACUAAAAGCAAAGUAUCGCAGCAAGAUUAAUCUAGAGGCCUUUCAAAUCGUUUUUGUAGACGGCUUUCUCCUUUUCCAUGAUGAUUCUCUGAAAUCUGAAUUUGACACCAAAAUUCUAAUCCGAGUCCCCUACGAAAUACUGAAGUCACGGAGAGCAGCAAGGGAGGGCUAUACGACUUCUGAAUCUUUUUGGGUUGAUCCUCCAUUCUACUUUGAUGAAUUUGUCUACAAAUCUUAUAAACACUAUCACAAACACUUGUUUGAAAAUGGAGACGUUGAAGGGAAAUUAUGCGCCAACGAAAUAAAGGACGUUAUGAAUGAUGACGAUGAUAUAACUGUAUCAUUAACGAAACUCUUAGAUACAGUAAUAGACUCCUUUUGUUAUCGAUAG